AUGGUUUAAUUAAUUAAUUAAUGUAAGUGCUUGAUGGUGCUCAUGUCUGCAAUAUAAACACUGCAACAAUAUUGUACUAUAAGACUAGCUAGCUGCUACUUCUUUUUGAUCUCAUUACCUUUUUCCUCUUCCUAUUCCUAUUGCUAUAUAUCACUCACUCACUCACUCAUUCUUUCAAUUCUCUCUACUAAAAGGUACCUACACUUUUAGUUAGUUACCCUUUAAUUUGAAAACAAAGAUGAACAACGAGGAGAAACUCACCAUGGAUUUGAUUCCACCAUCUGAUCAACACCUCUGUUACGUUCGUUGCAACUUCUGUAACACUGUCCUUGCUGUUGGAAUCCCAUGCAAGAGGCUUCUAGACACUGUGACAGUAAAAUGUGGACACUGCAGCAACCUCUCUUUUCUCACCACUAGACCACCGACUUCCAAAAAUCAUACUCUAGUCGAUCACACCCUCACUCUCCAGCAGGGAGUUUACAGUUGCAAAAAAGGUCAAGCAACGUCUUCUUCGUCCUCUUCACCAACUACAUCGACCGAGUCAUUGUCUCCUAAAGCAGCACCAUUUGUUGUUAAACCACCUGAAAAGAAGCACCGUCUCCCAUCUGCAUACAACCGUUUCAUGAAAGAGGAGAUCCAGCGCAUCAAAGCAGCCAACCCUCAGAUCCCACAUCGAGAAGCUUUCAGUGCUGCUGCAAAAAAUUGGGCUAGAUUCAUCCCAAAUUCACCAACAAGUUCAAUUCCAGCAAGUAAAAUUGAAUGAAAAAGCUAUGGCAUCAAUGAAGAUUUGGAACCAACUGAAGCAAGUCAUUUAAGUGUCACCUAGUUUUAAAUAAAUUAUAUAUAUAUAUUGCUAAUUUGUAUGGCUGUCUUCUAAAUCUAAUUACCUUCAUGGUGGAGGAUUUCAUGUUAUGUAUCUGAAACCAGGAUUUCAUGUUAUGUAUAUGAUGGUGAGACUUAAAUGUAUUAAUAUUUUACGUAUGAAAAUAAGAAAAU